GUUUUAUUCGUCUCAACAUAUUCUUUAUUCGUCUCUGUCAUAUCCAUUAUUUAAUUAACUUAACAAUAAUCUAACCUUGAAAUACGAUGGUUUAGGACGUAAUAGAACGCUAUGACCACUAUGACGCACAUCAACACACACUCUAUUCCGCUCUUUUCUAUCACGCAAGCUCAAAGAGCGGAAUAGUGCUGAUUGGUCGCUUCAAUGACGCAUUCUCUAUUCCGCAGCUCUAUUACGCAUCGUGUGAUUUCAGCCUUAGGCUGAAACCUACCAAAGAGGAACUAUAAUUAUUUGACACAUUCAUGCUUCGCAAAUAUAGACCUUUCGAAAGAGGAUAUUUUUGCGGACAAUUUUGGCUAUUUAUUUAGAGGUGCAGUAGAAGAAGUGACUAAUGAUAACGUUAGUGAAAAUAAUGAAUCUUGCUCGUCUGUUGCAAAGAAGAAAACUCGAAACAAGGAGGAUAAAGCUUGGGCUGACUACGAUGAAUCAUUAAUAAAUGCUGUUAUGAAAAGGCCUUGUCUAUGGAAUCACACUAUCCCUGUGAAACAGAGAAGCCCGUUAACUGUGAAAGAUGCAUGGCUUGAAGUUAAAAGGGAAUUAGACGAUACGUAUGUUCGAAGUAGAAAAAUUAAAAAAGCGAUGGCGAAAUCUUCGUGAUUCUUAUAAAAAAGCAAAAAACAAGAUGACCGAAUAUAUACCAAGUGGUUCGGAAGCACCACUUGUGGAGAACAAAAAAGAUGGAUUUUGGUAUUACGACCAAAUGACAUUUUUAAACGAUACAAUGAUUUCCAGGCCUUCUAUAAGUAACGUUUCAAACACACCACAUGUUCUCGAUUCCAACUCCAACAUACGUGCAAUAGAAAUUGAAGAAAAUAAGGAUGGAGAUAUAUUGGAAAGCUCUAGUAUAUCUAAUUUUACAAGCUUUUCUGAGCAUACUAAACGUCUAAGAAAGCAGUCAUCUGACAACGAAUUUAGAAAAAAUUUGUUAAAAGUAAUAUCAGAGAGUGACAAAACUUCUGACGGUAUUGAAGGAUUUUUGCUUCAAUUGGGCGAUAUUUUAAGAAAAUUGCCAUAUAGAAAUAGAAGGCAAUUUCAAACAAAAAUUUUAAUAGAUGCGUUAAAAGUAGAAGAAGAGGCAGGACUUUUAUAAUUUAAAUUUAAAGUUUCUAUUAAUUAAAGUAUAAUUAUUCUAAUAAUUAAAGUAAAUAUUCUAUAUAAUUUAUAGUUAUAUUUUUGAAAA